CAUUUUCAAGAAGCGUUUUAAAGGCCUCCUGAUCCACUAAUUCAGCGCGUUUUUCAGGAGAGUGUCUUGUGAGGUCUCAGGUUGAGGAUGACUGCUCGAUUGUGUUGUUUGUUGAUUGCUGCUCUGUUGUGUCUCUCUGUAUGCUUGAGCACAACAGACACUGAAGGAGCAGCUACAGACCCAGAAAAACCAGGAGUGUGUCCAAGUGAAAACCUCGGUGUAGGACUGUGUGUGGAGAUGUGUUCCCAUGAUCGUAACUGUCCUGAUGAUCAGAAAUGCUGCAGCAAUGGAUGUGGACAUCAGUGUAUGGAUCCAUAUAAAGAAAAGCCAGGAGUGUGUCCGAGCAAAACCCUCAGAAUAGGAGUGUGUGCUGAGAUGUGUUCCCAUGAUGGUGAUUGUCCAAAUGAUGAGAAGUGCUGCAGCAAUGGAUGUGGACAUCAGUGUAUGGAUCUUCAUAAAGAAAAGCCAGGAUCGUGUCCGAGGAGAUUCUUUGGAGUAGGAUUCUGUGCUGAGUUGUGUGCCUAUGACAUUGAAUGUCCGAACGAUGAGAAAUGCUGCAGGAAUAUAUGUGGACGUGAAUGUACAUCUCCAUUUAAAGUGUAGCCUGGUCUGUCUCAAACCAAAUGUGCUGAUAACUCCUAUGAUGAUCAACGUCCUGCCAGACCGAAGUGUUGCCCAACCACCUGUGACUACGCCUGCAGCGACCCAUGCCAGUUUAACCAUUGGAAAGUCCUCGAUUGUUUGCCCCCCCCAUGUUAUACUUGAGGCCUUUUUGUAUUCAAAUAAAUCUCUUGUGUGCGCAUGUUGGGUUUCUUU